ACAGUGUUUGCUGCCUGCGACAAGUCGGGACAUGUUAGCUCCGUUAGCCCGUCUAGCAUUUUGUAACUCACCUCUUCGGUUCCGGUCUGCUGCUCUAUUACUUCUCUAUUGACCGCGACCGCAAUUAAACGCUACCUCUGUUUCAUUCCGGUGCAAUGUGUACAGAGAUUUGGUAGUCCUCAAAUUUUUGUCUGUAUCUUUUAUAGGGUAUUAUAUUUUUAUGGUAAGCCAGUUGUUUAUAUCAUAUAGAUCUCGCGAGAACUUGUCAGCAACGGCGUGACGAGAAGGUCGCCAUAGUUACAGAGCAGCUGAGUUCUUGCCUGUUUAUACAUUAAUAUAUUUUAUUUAAAAUUACUUUUAUAUAAGCUAUUGGAGUUGGAUUUUACUAAGUUAUAUUAUCCCGGUUGAGAGUCUCGUUAAAGUUCCGGUUUUGAUUACGCGUUUUUGAGGAGGAGCUACUUUGGCGUAACUUCCUGUGCGGGAAAUUCGGUGUGCCGCCCGCCAAGUCACUGGAGCAGGAGCUUGUAGUGCAGACACCUGGUUAGUUGUAACCUUUCUAUUAUUAGUGCACUGUCGAGUUUUAACUGUGCAAACUUUGCCAACAUGCCCGUCUUAGAAGUUACAGACGCCUCUGCAGUUUCUCCAUCAAAGAGGGCAAGAACAGAAACACAGCCUGCAGAAGAAAGAUCUGUCCUCAGGUUUGCUAAACUGUCUGAACAUGCCACGACCCCUACCAGAGGCUCAGCUAAAGCAGCGGGAUACGACUUGUACAGUGCAUAUGACUAUAUCAUUGGGCCUAUGGAUAAGGCCAUUGUGAAGACAGACAUUCAGAUAGCAGUGCCACAUGGCUGCUAUGGAAGAGUGGCACCAAGAUCUGGACUGGCAGCGAAACACUUCAUCGAUGUUGGUGCCGGAGUUGUAGAUGAGGACUACAGAGGAAAUGUGGGUGUCGUGCUCUUCAACUUUAGCAAGGACACAUUUGAAGUGAAAAAGGGCGACAGAGUUGCUCAGCUGGUGUGUGAGAAGAUCUGCUACCCUGAUCUCGAGGAGAAAGAGACACUCGAUGACACAGAGCGCGGAGCUGGCGGCUUUGGAUCUACUGGACGUAACUAAAGCUCCAAAUGUAAUUAGAGCUGAAAUGUACUGUAUCUGUUAAAACUAUCUGCAUUAGGUGCUAAUAAAGAUCUUGUUUUGUAC